CACCCUCUUUCUCCAGGUUGAGCAUGUAUCACAGUAACAACAACCCCGAAUGCUCUGACAAAACUGAUCUCGGCGUAACUGGAAAUCCGGCGGCCGUCGAGGAAGAGAAAAGGAACAGUCGUAAAAUCGACUGCAUCGUCUGCUUCUCCAGCUAUAAUCUGUCCAACCGGCUGCCCCGGCGGCUGUACUGCAACCACACCUUUUGCCAGGCCUGUAUCCGGAAGCUUGACUCGGUGAGCAACGAGCAAAGAUGGAUCCCGUGUCCGCAGUGUCGCCAGAACACUCCGACGCCCCGGGGAGGGGUGGCCAUGCUGGACUUAGACCUGGCCGCUUUUCUGGCGGUCAAAUCUGAGAAGGAUAGCCCGAGAUUGGCCAGCAAGGCUCUGGAUACAGACACCGAACUCAAAGUAUUUUCUAAGAACGUGCCGGUCAGCCGACAACCGACGGGCAACUGCCAAGAGUCUGUGUCCGAGCCGCGGUUUCCCAGGAGGAUUUGCUGUAAAAACUGGUUUUGCUGUUCCUGCUGCGCUUGUAUUUGACAGAAGACGAUGUAUCCAUUUGGCCUCGGAAGCAUAGAC